CCAUUAUCAUUCAAAUUAGAUAUAAAUAAUGAGCCAUCCAUUGUCGGAAGACAGAACAAAGGAAUGAGGAUAGAAUUUGUAUAAAAGCUAUUAAGGACUGACACUUCAAAAACGUUUAUCUUCUUACAAAUUUUGCGAAUUUCGAGAAUGUAAACUCGUCAGCUUCAAUAAGUUUAUAACUAGUUGCUCGAUUAUUUAACAGGAUUUGAAUGUGUUUUUUCCCUGUAGAUCAUGGAUUGGAAACAGUUCUUUUUAAAUGCAGGGUUAGAAGAAGACCUUUCGCAACAAUAUGCGAAAAAGUUUGAGGAAAACAGGAUGCAGCAAAAGCACCUCUCCCAAUUGACAAAGGAGUUGUUGCAAGAGUUAGGCAUUAAUGCGAUUGGGGACAUAAUGACCAUCUUGCAAAUUGCUAAAAAGCAGCUACCACUUGUACAACUUAAACCAGAUGAUUUCCAUCCUCACCAAGACCAACAGUCCUCAGAAGUACCACAAGUAUCUCAAAGAAAAUCUGGGUUAAAACAAACAACCUUGGUAAUCUCGCAGGGAAGUAGAGUGCUGGGAGUUGGUCCUACAAUUUCAGGUUGCCAGGGGGGUAUUGGAGGUGCAAAAAAUGUGGCUGUAACGGUAGACAAAGAGGUCCUGGAAAGAGAGAGUAGAAUAUAUGGUCGCUCAGAAAACCGGACACUUUCCAAAUAUGAAGAAGCAAUCAACAGAUGUGCCUUAGCUUGUUGUGAAGAGGAUGUCAGUCUCCUUAAAGAUAGGAAAAAGCUCUUCGAGUUAGCAAGAGAAAAGGCUGAUUCCGGUGGAUACAGUUACAAGAAACAGAGAUCUAGAUCAAAAGUGUUCGGUGAUGAAAAAAUGGCCAAGGAAGGUGCAAAGCGUCAGAAGUUGCUGUUCGACCAACGUCAGCGACGAACUGAGGAGUUGGUGGAGGAUAUGACAAGUGCCACAGAUACCAUAAAGUUGUUAGAGCUUCAAAGAAGCAAGUUUGUGAGUGGUGAGAAGUACCUUGAAGCCGCUGAAGUGGUCUCCCAAAUAACCGAAUGGCGAGGGAAACAGAGAAAGCUGCAAGCAGAGCUUAGUAAGCUUCAAAAGGCUGAUGCUCGGUCAAUGAAGUAUCACAAGGGAAAAAGUGCCAAGGGCAGAGCAGAGCUGAAAACCAUGGAAAGGUUUAUCAUUAGUAAAUCGAAAGGACCAAGUGAUGUGUCUACCUCAUCUGGGUCAUGCAGUUCAACUGAGUCCACCAGCAGCGAGGCCGAUGUCAAUGAUGCUGUCAUGCAAAAAGGUACACCAAGUGAGUGUUGCAGUGCAGGUAAAAAUGUUGCCAGUUCAAGUAGGGCAUUUUCAACCAAAUCCACCAGCAGUGAGGUCGAUGUUCAUGAUGUUGUCAUGCAAGAAGGUACACCAAUUUCUCAAAGCCCCACGGACCGUAUAGGAUUGUCUGUGGGGCACAAAGAAAAUGCUGUACUCCGAUAUUCCAAGUAUUUGCCAUGUACGCUGUCUGAUGUUGCUCGCACCGAGGACGGAAUUUAUUACAGCCUGAUCACUGACCUGACCUUAAAAGAGUUUAUUGUGGCACGAGAAGAUCACUGUGAAAGGAAUCAUCUUGUUUCAUGCAAGGAAUGCACCAACCUCACUGAUGCAGCAAAGCAAAUUGAUGAUAGUGGCAUUGUUCCCCUUAGGAGUCUCUUUGCAUCCCAUUUCCUGUCCCCAGGCGCCAAGUACAAGUCUGAUAAAGCCAUAAGACGAAUAUUGCAGCUGCCAGUUGCAAUAUUUCCAUUGGAAUUGCAAAAAGGUCAGAAAAAGUUGUUUGUGACAGAGCUCAAUACAGCAGUAAACUAUGAAAAAUUAGGAGAAUUCCUGAGGACAGUGUCAGUGUCAGUGUCCACAGAUUGUAACACUCAAUUUCCCAUCAUUUCAAGGGAAACUUUAAAGAUUGUCUGUGACCUUGCUUCUUCUGAUAAAGACAAGAGGCUUAUUAAGUAUGCAGUGAGUUGUGGUGGUAACAUGUCGAGAGAAGCAGCUAAAAAGAAGUAUGGUAUAUCAGAUCUGACAUUAUUAAAGAACACUGUUGAAAAUGCUAUUGAACAGGCAAGGGAGAUUCGUGAUGCAGUAGAUCAUUUGUCAAAUGUAAAAGAGGACUGCAUCCUAGAAGAACUUGGUAUAUUUUGUGGUAAUGAUUCCAAAAGUGACAGUGACGAAAGUGAAUCAAGUGACGAUGAAACAAGUGAAAAUGGCAGUGACACAGGCUGCCCCGAUGACGUGGAUAGUGAAAACAAUGGUCAGAAUUCCGAUGUUCCACCCAACAGCAGUGCCUUAGACCCUGAUGUCAUUAUGAAAGGAAUGGCCACAGUUUCCCCUGCACCAGGCAAUGAACACCUCCUGAUGCUUCUCAGAGAAAACAAUCACAAUUGGUUUUCAUUUGUGGGGGAAUUGAAGAUGUUGCUUCACAUGUACACCCCUGAGGUCCUAAACCAGGUGCUUGUGGAUUUUGCAGCAUUCCUGCCCUUCAGUGACUUGUCUGAUGAAGAAGAAAGACUAGUAGAACAAUCCCGGCAAGCAUUCUUGAUGACAGAGAGGAGAAGAGUAGCAAGAGAAGAUGAUGAUGUGUUGUCUGAUUCAGAGAGCGAUGAUCCAGAGGAUUGGGUGGAUGUGGGUAAAGGACUCACUGAGAAGAUGAAAUCACUUGUGGUAAACGAAAAGAGAAAACAGAAGAAAAGGGAUAGGAGAAGGUUUCUAAAGCUGGUGGCAGAGAAAAGUGUACUGAAGAGAAGGGUUCCAAAACGUGCUUCAAAAUUACUUAAGCAAUUCCCUAACCUUGGGAAAGAUAUUGAAGAUUUCGUACAUGAAAAUCGAAUUGGGGCAGAUGCAUGGAGAAGAACGGGUGUUGCCACCUUUGAUGGAAACGUUAAGAGUGGGCCUCGUGUGACAUACCGCAGAAUCAAAGAACACCUAGAAAGAAAGUAUCAGAGAAAGUUUAGUUAUGGGGCAAUUGUCCAGCUGUCUGUUGUCCGGAACAAAAGGCGCCAAUCUUCCAAACGCUAUUGGGGUGCAGCACAGAUUACUUGCAGAAGGGCUCGAAAAGGAUUUAACAUCAAGCUAAACCCAGAUGCACACUGGAGUUCCUCCUUCUACAAAGGACUGGACAAGAUACAGUUAGAAGAUGGUAGAGACAAGUGUAUAAUCAAUCGUGACGACGCAGCUGGCUUCAGAUUAGACACCACAUAUACUCAUAAGCAGUAUAAGGCAAUCUCGGAUGCAAGUCAACAAGAAGUCACAACAAGAACAGACUAUGUCAACAAAUAUGCAUCCAUAUUACAAGUGACAUCGUAUCUAGUGCCAGGUACAAAAACAACUCCCCAAUACUCAGCAGGCAUUGUCAAAGCACACAUUGUGUACCCGAAAGAUCCAUCGCAGCAUGCGGCAGAUGUUGUUAUGCUCGAGAAUGAACAGGAAUUCAAGCCCUGCAUGAAGAACAAGCCAAUAGAUUGCAUUCGAGUAGACGGUGCAGCUGAUGAAGGUCCGUCACAUAAAGAAGUACAAUUUAUGUGGACCGAGCGACAUUUGGAACAGGAAAAAGUGUGCACCUUGGUCACCACCCGCUGCAGUGGCUCGUCAUACCUAAACAGAGUUGAGCUUCAAAAUGGAUGUUUGUCUGUAGCCCAUGGAAAUAUCUUCAUUCCGUCAACCAUUCAUGGAUCCAACUUUGGAAAGAAUGGGUCAAUUGAUUAUGAAAAACUUGAAAGAAAUCUUGAUGCUGCUACGGAUGUUUAUAUCAGCAAGUGUAAUAAUGCGCCAUUUGGAAACUCGUCCAUAACGCUUUUUAAGGGCAACAGGAAUGAUCUUGCAAGGAAUUACAAAAGCAGACGACCUCACCUUAUUGCAUUUUUGAAGGGUUCACAGCAGAGCAAAAGAAAACUCAAGGAAGAAAACCCAGCCCUUUUUGAAUACUUCACAGAAAUUUGGCAGCUUAGAGAUCGGCACAUGGUGGAGGGGCUCCCAAGUCAGUACAUAUUCCAGCUCCUACCAUGCUACAAAGAUGUCUGCAUUCACCCAGUCUGCAGAAAAGGUAAACCUGAUAAAGAGCCUGUGUGGUACGCUGGUGGACCACCCCUUUCGUAUCUUCCCAUUCCUGUUCCAGACCCAAAGCAUUGUUGGGGACAGCCAUGUGACCGAUGCAAGGGCCUUUGCACCGGCCAUUAUUUAAACCCAAAUGAUCAUGCUGAGUUUGUUGCAAGGAAUGGGACAGAGAAAUGUGUAUUUGUCCCGCCAAAAGAUCAGCUGGAAUCAGCGGCCAAGUUAAAGUUUGAGAAAAAUGAAGAGUGGACACAGGCAGACUACGAAAACAUCGCCAAGCAGGUGCUUCUUUCUGCUGAAGAUGCUCGUAUUUGGGUAGAACACGUUGGCCUAACAUCAGAGAGAAGAAAGGCAGGGGCUAAGAAAGCUGCUGAAACUAGAGCAAGGAAGAGACAGGAUCGCCAAGCUGCACAAGAGGAUGAAAUUGAAAGUGAUGGUGGUGGAGAUCUCUGGUGUUAUUGUAGAGAUAUAGAACAUGGGUUCAUGAUUCAGUGUGAUUCUCAAGGCCCGUCAUGCUUCAUUUGGUAUCAUGGGCCAUGCGUGAAGAUAUCCAAGAAAAAAGGACGGCAAAUGGAAAUCACAAACACCCCUUUUAUUUGCUACAACUGUCAUUGAGCAAACCUUACUUUAAUUCAUCCUUAGAACUUGUAAUGUAAAGCAUAGCUUGCAACGCAGGCUGAUUUAGAUCAAAUUGGGUUUCCAGCCUGACAGUGAA